AUGUCUGCGCAGUUUUGUUGCGGUCACAACAUACAAGGGUGUCAACACGCUAUAUUUAUGUUCGAAAUAUCUUUUAAAAAUAUGUAAAAGUUUUGGUAACAUUAAAGCAAAUAUGUUGAAAAAAUCGACAUAAAUUUAUGGAAAGAACCUACAUGCCUCCGUUAGUUAGUAAAUGGAAAGAUGCUUUUGGUCCUACGUCGUCCACAAUGAGUAUAGUUGUUGAACUUUUGUGUUACACCACUUGCUAUCGUCAAGGAGGUGACUCUGAAAAAUUCGCGAGAAGAGCAAUUGAAAGCUUAGUUAAAAAAUUACGUAAAAAGUCUGAUGAAUUAGAAAGUUUAGUUAUCGCUAUAAAGUCGAAAGGAAGGCAACAUUCGAAAUGUGUAACCAUUCCUAGAACGUUAGAUGGAAGACUACAAGUUUGUGAGAGGAAGGGAUUUCCUCAUGUUAUAUAUUCCAGACUGUUUAGAUGGCCAGAUAUACACAAAAUGGAAUUACGACAUCUUGAAAUAUGCCAGUUUGCUUUUGAUCUGAAGUACGAUGUAGUGUGUGUAAAUCCCUACCAUUAUGAAAGGAUUUCUUCAACUCCAUCUCAACAAAAUGUAGUUGAUCCAUCUUUGUUUCACCGGCACCAACGUUCAUCACAGUCAGGUAGUGAAAAUGAACAAGGUUCAUCAAACAAAUUUCCAACUGGUCCUUCCAGAAUGUUAAUGCCAACAUACAAUGGUGGUACCUCUGCUGCUCCAUUGUUGCCGUCAAUAGCGAUAAGCUAUCCACCUCGAGUUCCUUGUGCUGCUGAUCCCUUUCCAAUUAUAGUUCAACACUUAUUGUGGAGAGCAGUCUCUUAUCAACAUGGUGUUGAAUCUGCUGAAAAUAGUUUUAACAGGAGAGCCAUUGAAUCACUAGUCAAAAAACUAAAAAAGCGGUAUAACGAAUUAGAUUCUUUAAUUACCUCUGUCACAUCAGGUGGUAGAAUAGAAACAAAAUGUGCAACUGUUCAGCGAACUUUAGACGGUCGGUUGCAAGUUGGUGAACGUAAAGACUUUCCACAUGUUACAUACACUAGAAUUUGGAGAUGGCAUGAUGUACAUAAAUUAGAAUUAAGAAGUAUAGACACAUGUUUGUAUGGAUUUGAUUUAAAAAAUGGAAAUGUAUGUGUUAAUCCUUUUCAUUAUGAAAGAAUCAAGCCGUCUGACUUGCGCUAUGGGUCAGCACCAUCCUCACAUUCUUCUCAUCUUAUGGAAGUUGCCGGGUUACAUUCAUAUCAUCCUUUCCACCGUAAAAUCAACAAUAGUGCAUCAAUGCUAGACAAAUCACAUAUUGAUGAUCGUAUGAGUACAGAUGAUCCAGCAUAUUUUCAAAGACAUAGCCCGAAAAGACACCAUUCAACAGAAAUGUUUGAUUAUGAUGAAACACAUUCAACGAGGUCUGCCAAGGACAUAAAGACGAGUCUUCCUGUCCAUAUUCCUAAGAAAAAAUCAAAAAGCGUGUCAGAAUUUAGAAGUUACAGUCGAGAAGACUUAUACAAAAGUUCAACUACAGCACCUAUUAAAAUAUGUGCAUUUUGUUGCUGUGAUGAAACCAAUGUAUGGUUUCAAGAUGAAAUCAAAUCCUAUGGUCCUGUUUCUAAGUUGGCUACUUCUCCUACAUCAAAUGGCAUAUUUCGUCCUUAUCUUGCAAAAUCAGAAGCAAGUUCUCAAUCCAGGACUCCUUCACCUGAUCAAAAAGAAGCACAAUCUGUUGAUGCGCAGCAUUUACCAAUGCAUGUUGGUUAUUUUUUUCGAUCCAGUGUAAAUUCCAUCAUUGAUGCUGACGAUUAUUUAUGGGCACACACUUUGUGUUUACAUUGGAGCAAAUCCACUGCGAAUAAAAACUCACCAGAUAAUAUUUUGCUUAUAAUGGCAUCUGCUUUAUCGCAGGUGUGCAAUUUCUGUGGUCAUUAUGGAGCCAGCAUCAACUGCAGUGUUCCUGAUUGUGCACAAAAAUAUCACUUACCUUGUGCGCUUAUUUCAAAAACAUAUCUUAAUUUUAAAGGUAUGCAAUUUUUUUGCACCGAACAUUUGGCAGUAGCAAAAGAACAAGCUGUUUGUAAGAAAUGUGAUGCUAGUGACGGUUAUGAACAUUUUGUCAGCUGCUCAACGUGUCAUGCAAAUUUUCACGCCAACUGCAAUCAUCCAGGAAUAUCAUUGAUUGGAAAGAAAAAAUUGAGUUUUCAAUGUUCGAAUUGUCGAAGCUGCGCAGUGUGCAGAAAUCCGUUAAAUCAUGAAGUCCAUAUCGAAUGUUCUUCAUGUGGACGAUGUUUUGAUUUUAACUGUGCACAUAUAGAUGGACCAAUAGACGAAAGAGAUCUCCUAACCUGGCUGUGUAGGAAUUGUAUUGGAGACUCGCAUGGCAAAUUUCCACAACGUCGUAAGCUUCAUUCAAAGCAUUCCGCUGAAUCUCCCUAUCAACGCCAACGAGCCGGACUAAAUGCCUUCUACAACUCUCCACCACGCUUGUCUUACGUAGAAAUGAAUGAAUUGUCGAAAGGACACUGUACAACAUGUAAAGAAGCGUGUAUUGAUCGAAUAAAGGGACAGGAUAUAAUUCGAUGCAGAAUGUGUGAAAAAUAUGCCCACGCAAUCUGUGAUCGUGUACCGGCAGAAUUGAUUGAAGCUCUUGUAGAGAAGAAUUUGUUUAUUUGUAAAACAUGUCGUCAUACAAAAUGUGAGAGGCGUGGUGCUAGAACUAACAUGAUUCAAAUGGCAUUGUGGUCGUCUGAUUCUCCCGCACCAUGGAAAAGUAUAUCCGACGUGUCGUCUGCAACUAACGACACAUUGUCAUCACCGUCAAAGUCUCCCGUGUUGACGUCAUCAUUUUUAAAUUAUGAACUACCAAUGAACGAAGACACGCCCACUUUGUGCAGUUUGGUUAUAAAUGAACCGCAUGUUUGGUCUCGAUUAAAAAUUAUUUAUUCUUUUGAAUACAACGGUAAAUGAGGCAAAACGGUAUUAGAAGAAUUUCUUGAAGAUGUAAAUUUUUAUUCUCUAUAAAAAACAAAAAAUGAUUUGUUUGAAACCUAUAGGAUUUCUAAACAAGUACAGACAUGCGCAGUAUAUAUUCCCUUUUACUCGAAAACAAAAGAAAGGGUAAAUUUCGCUUUUUCUUGUCGUUGAAGUUAGUUUUGUUGGAAGAAAUUCAAAUCGGCAUUUAUUCGUGUUAAUAAUUUACGGAAUAUAUAAUUAUUUAGAAAGACUGUUUUUGCGGUGACGUUUGUUUUUAGGAAUUUUUUAUGCCGCCUCUGUGAUACUAGAGAAAAUUACUUUUUUUACGGAAAUUAUUCUGUUACUUUAGGUGAGAACACUUUCUUUAGUGGUAAGUGAAGAAAAUAUUUUUUUUGUUUAUAUUGUACAGAUAUUUCGAUAUUUCUAUUUUUUUUCUUCAAUGUUGUUUUUUACUGGUGAAGAAAAACAACGAUGGUUGAUAGAUAUGAAAAAUUAAAAAUUAAAUUUGCUGUGGUUGCUAAUAUGAAGCAAUGGUAGCCGUAUUUCUUCACCGUAUUGCGUAGAAGCUGUAUUUUGACAGUGUCACUGCGGUUAGAAGAACUUCAGGUGGUUAUUCAAAACAUUAAAAUUUAAGCACCUCGGGGAAGCGUCUAUACAUUCAAAAAGCAUUGUUCUGAUCGUUGUUUUUCUUUUUAUUUACUAGUAGUUGGUUAGGUGAUUGCCCUUCGUAGAGGCUUUCGGUAGAUUACAACUUGGAGCAGGUCUUCAAUCACACAUGCUACGUCUAUAUUUUCAUGCGUUCAUGCGAGAUUUUGUUUUGUUCUAUGGGAGGCGUCUUUUUGUGCGAAUAUCGGCUUCGCGAGACUAGAUAGAGUAAAUAUACUGCAUAAAUUGACAAAAAAAGAAAUAUUAGAAACAAAAAACGUGGCAUAUUAAAGUUAAUUUGUUAGCUGUGCAAACAUAAGUUGUUUCUCCGUGUGAAGCGUAUAAGUUAACGAGAAGAUAUUUGUAAAUUACUGUAAAUACGAUAUUUUGAAAAAAAUGAAAAUACUGUAUUGUAGGGUAGAAGUGAUAAUUCAAUCUAAUAUCAGUGAAACAUAGGGUGUGGCUCACUGUUAGCAUAAAACACCAUCCUAUGUUGUUGGGCUUUUUUCUAACUAAUUUUUGGAUCAAUUACAUGCCUGAAGCGAAAUUCGAAAUAACGUGAGAUUUUUAGCUGAAGUAAAAAUUUUACAUGUCAAAAAUGUGAUGGAAAAAAUUAAACCAAAACAAUUUUUACUGUACUUACGAUUUUUUCCAUGCAUGUUAGGUAAAGCAAAUAAUGGUAUUUUCGCGCAAAUUUUUGCUAUUUUUAAGUCGACAUUUCAAUAAUUAUUAUUUGGUUUGAGUUUCAGCUCGGAUACGUGUAACCCAAAUCAGGAAAAAAAUUGCUAACUUUUCUCGGUAAAGUUAUUUUGUCCAAUAAUUACGUAUACAAUAAUAUGCAGUGUGGUGCUAACCUCCCUAAAUUAUGAUUGGUCAGUUCAUAGGUAUACCGGAUUACCCAAUCAUUUUGCACUAUUUCUAUUAGUUCAUUUUUCUCUAAUCUGCAACCUCAGAAAUGUUACGCACGAAGAUAUAAUGAAAUCAAAUUAGGAAAACCAAUAUAGUUUGGGAUACAGUCCCUCUGUUUCGUUACCAGUUUAUUUUAUUUUAUAUUUAUUUAGUUUUUGUUUUUUAAUUAUAUUUCCAUGUAACCAAUUUACGGUUUACUGCCAUUUCUUGAUUGUAUAUACAACUCAUGUUAUUCAUGCAAACAUAAUAUAAACAAUAUAUACAAUAUAUAAAUACGUAUAUAUAGGACAGUUGUUUUGUGGUGGUGGAGAAAUAUAAAGUCAUCAGCUAUA